GGUUCACAGAAUAUUAUAGAAAUGGCGGAAAGAACGAAAAUCGUUGUGUGAUAACUGACAUUAUAAUCAUGUAAGCGUAUUAAUUAAUGAUGCAAGAAUGUAUAAAUUCGUGAAUCGAGACGAUGGCAGCUCUAUUUAUCGUGCUGUUAGCGAGAUCUUGUUGUCGAGAGAAGAAUGGAGACGCGUGGGAAAUAACAGCGAGAGAUUCAACUUGAUGUUUGGAGACCGUAACAAACUUCCAUACUCUAGGCUUGGUAGGCAAGUAAAUAUAAGGGCCAUUCAGGGAUGGUACAAGCUGUCAAUUACUACAGAGGGUCUGCUCAGCUACUUUGCCGAAAGGUUCCCCUUGUCAGUCAGAUCUUUGAGUGCAGCUAGUGACCUUGACCCUUAUCGAUGGAUGCCCAAAACAUUCAUCAUCUUGCCACAAAAAAGCCAUCAAGCACCAUGUGAGACCAAGAAACAAAAAACAAGCUUGUACAAAGAUGAGAGAGAGGAAUUCUUAACAGCUCAUAAAUGGUUAAAAGCCAGUGGAGAAGAGAUUUGGAUUGCGAAGUCUUCAGCUGGUGCAAAAGGUGAAGAUAUCUGCUUGUCUAGCAGUCCAAAGGAGAUACUAGACUUCAUUGACGAGCAGAACCAGGCAUUCGUUGUUCAAAAAUACAUUGAGAACCCUUUGCUUUUAGAAGGAGGGCGAAAAUUUGAUAUAAGGUGCUGGGUAUUGCUUAGCCAUAAGUACUCUAUCCAUGUGUUCAACCAAGGAGUUUUGAGAACUUCUUCAGAAGUAUAUGAUGUCACUAGUCUUGGCAAACUGACAAGCCAUCUGACCAAUCAUUGCAUUCAGGAGGCAAAUUCAGAUGACUUUGGAAAGUACGAAAAAGGGAAUGAAAUGUUCUUUGAUGAAUUCAGUAGGUACCUCGAGGACAAAUUCGAGAAGGAUUUUGAGAAGACCAUUUUACAACAGAUGCAUGCCAUUGUCAAGGAGUGUUUGCUUAGUGUGGAAGAGGAGAUCAACACCGAGGCACUCAGCUACCACAGCUUCCAGUUAUUCGGAUUUGACUUUAUGGUAGACGCGACCUUUAAAGUAUGGCUGCUGGAAAUCAACGGCGCUCCAGCUUCAGCCCAAGCUCUCCUUUCAUCGAUUGCACAAGGAAUUGUAAACAAAGCAAUUGAUCCAAUUUUCCCACCGCCUGAUAAGUCACCACUCAUCUUUCAAGAUGUCUGUGCAGUGCACUGCCGCGAUGACGCAUGCGCCAUGCAAGAUAUCCUCACGGGGGUCUUUAUUGAAAUCUGAUUAUAAAACCAUUGUUUACAUCACUUGGCAAAAAACAGAGAAAAGAAGCCUCUGCUAGCAGGAAAAUGGCAUGGUGAAGGAAUCCAGACUGUACUUUAUUGAAAUCUGAUGAUAAAACCAUUGUUUACAGCGCGUUGUGGAGGACCCGGUAUUUACUUUAAUUUUGCAUUCAAAUAGCGAACUAAAUCCUACAAUCUACUUUUACUGUGACAUUUAAACUAUCGUACAAUAAAAACGGCUCAAGUAUUAAACUUAAGCUGACAAUGUUGA